UUCACCGAGAUAAGAAUUUGCUGUUUAAAAAAGCCUGUUAAACAUCCGAUUGUCUGCGGAGACAUCUUUUGUGGCUAACUUUAACAGUGAACACCUUCUGCUUCCUUUUUAAAUCUGUGAAGAUGCCUUCAGAGACACCGUGUUUCACUAUCAGCAACAUUUGGGGGAACCAUAACCAGCACAUACGUCUUUAAUUAAACAACGGGGCAUUCACUCACUCUAACUUUCACACCUUCCCUUCACAUGUGGGUUUGCCCUUCAACAGGUCCGCAUCCUUACGAGUGUGAUGUUUGCUCAGCUUAACUACCGCCAAACAAAUACGUCAAAGUUUUCUGGUGAUGGAGGUCAGCUCUGCUCCACGUCACUAUAUGUAAUAUUACUCCUUUUCUCAAGAUAUCAGCAGAGCAAAGCUCCACUUUAGACUUCAUUUCUUCACACUGACUUGGAAGUUCUGCCAGUGCUGUGCUACCCUGUCCUGUUGUAGUGAAUUCUCUGAAAAUCUAAAAGCCCCCAUAUGUGGCACAACGUCUCCAAACACUGUCCCUUUGAGUCCGGGUUUAUGCGCUUGAGCGGGAGUAAUGCGUUGGCAGUUUCGGAUUUCCCGUGAGCGUGCGGAGAGCGUUUGUUGUCUAUCAGCUUCAGAAUCAAAUACGCGGAAUAACCGGUUUGUGGGUAACUCUUCCUGGUGCUGUUGUCGGUCUGCCCGUCAGUCCCUGAAGUGGGAGCGAGUGCUGAAAGGAAUUAAAAGUGUCCACCGUCUGUGCUUUUUCGUGUUUUAUUUUUUAUGAUUCUUGCUUCUCCCGUUCCCGGUGAACUCCGCUGUCGCUCCUUUCCGGCCCACUCAUCAACCAAUCAGCACUCAGACAGGCAAGCAGACGCAAAGAUCAUUCGCAUCCAGAACUGUGCGUUUGAGAUAUUCGCCCCCAAACGAAAAAGCGCACGCACGUCUUAAACUGAUAAUGUGUCUUGAAAAAGUUAAAAAGUGUAAACAGCUCAGUUUGUAACUUGAUCUCAAUGCUGAGCUGAACCUGACUGUUGAGUGACAGCUUGAUACUCAGUGAUACUCAAUGAGAUGCUCUCUAUGGCAGAGAAGAGCUGUUCAUAAACUCAUUUCAAGGAGCUGGCAAAAGAUUUCCUGUUCUCUCGUGUGAAUCUGCGUGGGUUGUUGAUAAGUCUGUGACAAAUUAAUGUUGAUGUCUCAUUAUUCUGUUGCAGAUAACUUUAAAUAUCAAUUUUUUUUACUGUAGGAAAUGUGUUUCAUUAAUGAAUUUGUAUUUCUAAAUAGUCUCAUCUACUGUAUAUUUACCAGCUGUGAUAACAAUGUUGGUCUUUUCACAUUCCCAAUCUGCAUGUGUGCUAAAGCACUUAAAACUUCCUGGUGUACUUCCUGUAACAGUAGCUGUCACCAGGGUAUCAUGAGUCACGGGUACUCUGACAUGUGUUUACAGUACGGUACAAAAGUCUUGAGUCACUGCCCAUUUCUAUAAUUUUUUUCUAUAUAUUUGCAGAGUUCAUUCUAACCUUUAAAGGGGCCUUGAACAGCAGACCUCCAGGCUUUCUAAGGUCUUUCAACAUCCAUCUUUUUAUUUUCAGAGAAAUUGGUUUGUUAAGUCAUUUUACACUGACCUAUGCAUGAUUCAAGCAUAAAGAGGCACCUAAGUUUAAGGAUGAACCAGUGUUGUAUCUACACAAAACAGAUAACGUAGAAAAGAACCAGCUUUAAAUUGUAUCUUUAGGCAUCCCCUUUUAAGAAAAGUCAACAUUUUUAAUUGAAUCAGUGAAAAACACCACAAAUAGCAGAGUUUGACAGAAAUAAAAUAAUAUUUUUGUACCAAUAAGGUGAUUCCCAAAGAACUAUAAGCUGAAAACAUGGGAUAUCUCAACAUCGUGUACAGUGUGUUCUUAGAAAAAUGUGAGGCGAUCAAACAAGUGGAGGACAAGGGAAAAAGCAUCCGCCCUGAAAAACUAUCUACCGCAGAUCAUCAGUAUCUGAGAUUCAUGUCCUUAAGAAAUAGGAAAAUCCAGCAAAGACCUCAAACAGGACCUGCAAGAUGCAUCUGGCCCUUCAGCUGAUCCUACUGUUCACUGAAGCCUCAUCAGUAACAUUUAAAUAUUUGGUUUAAAUGAUCAUCAAGGAGGAGAAGGUCUGAAGACACUGUAAGGCUCUGUUGGGAGUAAAGCUAGUUAGAAGUGUACAAGCUCUCUUUUUGCCUUAUAUGUUGUAUGUUCAGUUUGCAUCUUUCAAUAAAUAGUUGGCCCUAGUUCCCAUUUUCUAUAUAAAACACAAAAAAUUAAGUGUGACUCGAGAAUUUUGCACAGUACUGUAAGUAUGUCUGUGGGCAGAAUUUCCAACUCCUCCAAACUGCAAAGCAAAAUGCAAUCAGAAAGAUUUACAGGUGUGUAGUAUUGGUCAGAAUAAAAGUGACGUCUGAAGGUUGGUAGGGUCUGAGUCACUCUUUGCCUCAGUCUCCAAUUUUUUAUCAUUCCUUAUGUCUUUGUAUUCAUGUAUUUAUUGCCCUCCAUAUGAGAUGUAGAUACAACGUUACAAAGAUAAACAUGGUCCAGAUCCAUCGUAGGGGUAGCGCAGAGAGACAGGUAACAAUUUAAGCUGAUAUUCAUGAAGCACCUAGAAAACAUGCAAAUUUAAUUCAAAGAGGCUUGAGCCAACCAGCUGUUUCACAACCAGAACCUUCCUGCUGCUGCGAGGCGACAGCGCUAACCACUGCACCACCAGCCAGCAGAUCAAUAUUAUUUGCACGUAGCAAAAUGCCAGAAAGGUGAACUGUUCAUGGUAAUUACAUUAUAGUUUUGUCUAAGUCAUUCAAAUAUUCGAAUUAAAAUUAAUAUGACUUAGUGGAGAAUAGUUUUCUUUAUCUAGGUAAAAGUUUGCCUUUAAAUUGGUUUGCAUAUAGAAAUAUAACCUUUCUUUACAUCUUUUAAACCUUGAGCUGUAACAGUGAGACAUUUUUAAGGUUGUAAUACUAAUGAUGUUACUAAUUUGAACGUGACACGAUCACAUACUGUAUACUGUCCAUUUUCUUUUCAUUCAUAUGUAGGUUAAGCGUGAGCAUAUUUACAUCUGUAAUAUUCGGGCUGCAGUGGUUAGCAUCGUCACCGCACAGCAACAUGGUCCUGGGUUUGAAUGCACCAGCUAGCUGGUGCUCUUUUGUGUAGAGUUUGCACACUCUCCCAUGUCUGGGUGGGUUCUCUCCAGGUACUUCCUCCCACACUCUGACGACAUGCAUGUUAGCUUUAGUGAUUCUAAAGUGGCCAUAGAUGUCAUCGGGAGUGUGAAGAGGACCAUCACUUAAGAAAGUGGAUGGAUGGACGUGAAUAAGCAAGAACACAGAUGACACUACCUAAAAAAAAAGUUUGAAAUAUAGUUGGAGAGAGUUGGCAGAGUGUGUUGGGUGUAGACACUGCAGGCUGUAAGGAGGGCACUCACACACACACUGACACACACAGAAACAGAGAGGGACUGUGCAGCCGUGCCCCUCUGCUAAGCAGAGCUCCUACAUAAAGAGGUCACUGUGCUGAAAACAUAGCACCUCCUUCUCUGCCACCACUUCAAGGCAUUCAUCUAGGCUAGUUGUACAUCCCUUUUUGAAAAAACUAAAUAGAAUUUUUAAACUAAAUCCCUGUUCAAAUACAGCACAUAUAAAUGCUUCACAGCAUAACAGAGUCACAAGUUUGCUCUGGCAUUACUUUUGCUCGAGGUCCGUUUGUUUGAGAUGAUGUCAUGAAUCAGUAAGAACAAGAAGGAACUGCAAACUGUGUGUGAGUCAGAUUCGGUGUGCGUAAUUGUCUGAAGACAGUGGAGAAACAGAGACCUCGCUGUUAACAGGGAUUAACUAAUAAUCGUGCUGUGCAAACAGUCCACCUGAGCCGAUCCCACACUUUCACCUUGUGAGAAAAUGAGCAGUUCCUCCUACUACUUGAAGGUGAGCUGACUCUGUGAGUCUUGUGAUGAAGGCAAGUGGACGAUGCCUCAAUUUGGAAAUAAAAGAUAAAAGAAUGAGGACUGCUUCUCUUCAGACGCCCCAGAUGCCAGAGUCAGGAGACGGAGUCGAACAUUCCUCCACAAUGGCGCUUUCCUCCAGGCUAAAAUACGUGUCUCUGGGGGUUCUGGUGCUGCAAACCACCCUGCUGGUUCUCACCAUGCGCUACUCCCGUACCCUGAAGGAGAACGGUCCUCGCUACCUCGCCUCCUCUGCCGUAGUGUCAGCUGAAGUGCUCAAGAUUUUUAUGUGCACUCUCCUCAUCUUCAGUGAGAACAAUUUUAGCUUGACGGCAAUGUACGAGCUGCUGAACAAGGAGAUUCUGAACAAGCCCGUGGAGCUCGUGAAGCUGGCCGUUCCUGCAGGGAUCUACACUCUGCAGAACAAUCUGCUCUAUGUUGCCCUGUCCAACCUGGACGCAGCCACCUAUCAGGUCACGUACCAGUUGAAGAUCCUCACCACAGCUUUGUUCUCUGUCUCCAUGCUCGGGAAAAAGUUAGGCAGCUACCAGUGGCUCUCCCUGCUCUUCCUCAUGGCCGGGGUCACUCUGGUGCAGUUGCCCGUCGAGUCUCUGGGUGACUCUGAACAGAAUGUAAUGUCUGCAAGCUCCCAGUUUGUGGGCCUGAUCGCUGUGCUGAUGGCCUGUGUGUCCAGUGGUUUUGCUGGAGUUUACUUUGAGAAGAUCCUCAAAGAGACAAGCCAGAGUCUGUGGCUUCGUAAUAUACAGCUGGGUGAGUGGCUAUACCUCCAUUUAUAUGACAGGCUGAGCGAGGAAUGUAUGGCUCCUUACAAACAAACGUUUUCUCAGAAAGUUAUGCAGUUCCUGUGAAAGUACACUGCAUGAUUUAGCAGCUUGCAAGAACUUGUAGCACUUGUUUUUAAAAUGACUUUAUCAGUCUCUCACAUUGUUGUAGAGUUACUUUUACUCUGUCUUACAGUGAGGUUUGCAGACAGUCAUUUGUGCACAGCUCCCGCAGCACUUCAGGCAGGUUGAGGUCUGGACUUCUUUUAUUUUUCAGCUGUUCUGCUGUAGAUUCGCUGCUGCGCUAGGGAUCAUUUAGCUGUCAGACAGAUGGGGUUGCAUUUGACUCUAGAAUACUGUGGUAUGUAGAGGAGUUCAUGGUCGGCUUAAUGACUACAAUGUAUCCAAUAAUAACAUGACUCUAAGUAAAACUAAAGAGAGACUAUUAUAAGAAAUUCAGUGCAAAAUUAAAUAAGAGCUGUAAGCAUGAAAAAUGGUGCAACAUGCAAGACUUCUCUGUAUCUAAUUUAACAUCAUCUAACUGUUGACAUUCAGUCAGGGAAAAUCUCAUUUUAUACCAGGGGUUUCUGCAGAGUUCGGACAGCAUUUCGUUUACAAGCCUCAGGCUCCAUUUGUAAGUUAAUGUGCUAACAGAAGGACA